AUGGCCGAACCGCACGGGUGGGCUGCAGACCUUCAGAGCUACGAGCGCGAGAGGCGGGUGGAAUUGAAUCCGGGGCUCUUCAAAGGACCCACAGUGGGAUAUGUCCGUGGUGGAAUCAGCAAGCGGGAGCGCAGCUACAAUCCCCUCCUGGGCCGCUUUCUAGACGAAGGCCGAGAGCAAGAGCAGGCGCAGUUCGAGGAGAGGGUCAAGAAGAACUUUCUCAACUUCGCCCGGGACGUGCAGUUGCGGCGCGAAGCGCCCUUUGACCUUGUCACGCACGAGAGGAAGUUUGAGGCUUUUGGUCCAGACGCCUCUGCAGGUCUUGAGCCCCCGGUCAAGAAGAAGCCGCCUUUUCCGGAUACAGCAGCAGACUACAACAUCAUCUCCAACCUGCCCUUCAACGAGCACCACUGGGCCCAUCCGGAUCACCGGCCACGCCCAAGCCAGCGCAUUCCGAAGCAGCGGAUGGCUCCUGCCAUGCUCCACAAGGACUUCAACAUCCUCACGAACAAAUACUUGGAGCAUCACAAGGAGAAAAUGGAUCGCGACAGGGAGUUGAACCUUCUUGAAGCCGCAGAGAAGCUCCGGCAGACCAGUGCCUUCAACCCCGUGCAGCAACGCUUUUGCGAUCCCCGGCACGAGGAGCGGAUGCGAGCCUGCGAAGAUGCCCUGACGACCGAGAUCAAGCUGAGGGGAGAGGAGGUGCAGCCGUUGAUCUAUCGUGGGAGCGUCACCAAUGCAUACGACAUGUUGAACCACCAGGUGAAGGAUCGUGACCUCCUCCACCUCAUUGAAGGUGCAGACGAGGAAAGGAAGGUCCGCUUCCGAACACGGCACCAGUUGGAGGAGAAUACCAAGAAGAUGGAUGUGGCCUAUGAUGCCAGGGCCAUGCAGAUGAAAGCCAACAGGGUGGCCCACGAGCGGUUUGCUCCGACUGUCGAACGUGGAUUCGACAUCCUGACGAACCAAGACUUCGGGCAGAAGGGCAAGCAGAUCCACACGUCCAACACGCGGCCACACCAGACGCCAUGGCAGAAGGUGUGCGAGAACCGCCCCACUCCACCACCCUCCACCUUGAGCACUUCCAGGGAGGUGGCACAGGAAGCUACCGAAAAAGCCGAGCAAGGUCAAAGCGAGGUCCUCGACUUCGCCACUCUGCGCUUGCCACAGGACCUGCGAGGAAGUGUUCCGGGAAGCGCGCUCUCGGCAAGGAGCUCGCGGCAAAGCCGCGCCACGCCUCGGCGGCCCCUCACCCCCAGAG